GGUCAGCAAGUGGAAGACGGCAACAUGGAUGGCGGACUCUAAUAACAGGAAGACUGGCCCACCAUGUGCACGGCCCGUGAAUGCGACAUGGAAGAAAUCCCCCUGGAUGAGGAUGAGUCCAGCAGCCUGGAGUUCAAAAUCCUGGCCUACUACGCCAGACACCACGUCUCCGUCUCCAAGAGCGCCUCGCCCGCCUUCUCGCCAAAGCUGCUGCGGACGCGCAGCUUGUCCCAGAAAGGCCUGGGCAGUUGGUCAGCCAGUGACCCCUGGCGGAUCCAGUUGCCCAAGACUUCCCGGAGUUCCCAAUCCACGGAGAAACACCUGGCCAAGAAAAAGUUUUCUUGGCUACCGUCCCUGGGAGCAGGCCCUGAGAAGGAGGAAGACGGGCCGGAGCUCCGGGCCCAGGGGAGUCCGCGAGCCGGGGAGAGUCCGGCGGGCGGCUUCCUCCGCAGGCCGCGCUGGUCCGCCCCGCGCUCCCUGGUGGAGCAUCGCACGGAGCCGGAAGCUGUGAACCCCAAAGUCGUUUCCAUUGCCAACCGAGUUGCUGAAAUUGUGCAUUCCUGGCCACCUCCGGAAGACAGCCACACCCAGGGAGGCAGCUCCAGGUUCCCAGGGGUUUUUGUAUGGGAGGGGCCCACCUGCUCAAAGGUUCCGGAGCCCCAGUCUAGAGGCGCGAGUGCCAAGAAAGAUGGAGAAGACCAAAUAAUAGCCAAAAUUGUGGAGUUGCUGAAAUAUUCAGGAGAUCAGUUGGAAAGAGAGUUGAGGAGAGACAAGGCUUUGAUGAGCACUUUCCAGGAGGGGCUGACCUACUCCGUCUUCAGGACCAUCACAGAUCAGUUCCUCAAAGCUGUGGACACCCGAGGAGAAUCCGAGGUCAAAGCUCAGGGCUUUAAGGCCGCCCUUGCAAUAGAUGUCGCCGCCAAGCUCACAGCCAUCGACAACCACCCCAUGAACAGGGUGCUGGGCUUUGGGACCAAGUACUUGAAAGAGAACUUCUCACCCUGGGUCCAACAGCAUGGUGGAUGGGAAACAGUCCUGGGGGUACCACGUGAAGAAAUAGACUGAAACAUGGAAGAGCGUCAUCUGGAAUACUCGUGAUUCAGCCGUGGCCCCGUGUACUUCACUCGAUCGGCAGUGGGCAAAACAGAGAUGGCCAAGACCAAGGCCAAGAGGACGCUGGCAUUUCCGAAACCACGGGAACGGAGGCAUCAGGAGAGGCCCCGCUGGUCUCCAGCUCAUGGAAUUUCAGCACGGCCCAUCCUUGACAGGGGCGUUUUUCCACGGGGGAAGAAGACCCCAUGGAAAGCAGUUCUCCUUACAAACUCCCAGGAGUAACCACCUUCCUAGCUCUACUGGCUUCUUUAGGGCAAGUGUGCUACAGAUGCCUGCCGGCCUCGCGAGGGCAACAUGAUAAAUUCUGCAUGGCUUA